CAAUUUUGAUAAUAAACCAUGUACGAUGGGGGGUCGAUGGGAAAUGAACCGAGCCCUAAAAAGCAAUUCCCUCCAUAAGGGUGAAUUUUCCUCCCCGAAUCAAAAUCGAAAGAAAUGAUGAAAAAAAAAAAAGAAAGAAAGAAAGAAAGAAAAAAGAAAAGAAAAGAAAGUGAAACAAUAAGCAAAGCCAUUGUACUCCUUUCUCUACAGCAACACGUCACGUCAAGCCCUCCUGCGUGGCUUAAAGGCCAAGAGCAAACGACAGCACUAACUAAAGCAGACUCAAGUCGAUCAUCUCAUGCAAGGAUCAACAAGACCUUGGAUUCAAUGUACAGAAUUGGGCAUUGCUACUUGUUGUUUGAUUGUCCAGCGUUCUUUUUUUUUUUUUUUUUUUUAAAAAAAAAAAAAAGAACUAAUCUAGUAAGGGACGACAGACGAUCCAUCUAUCCAUCGCUCCAUUCUUUCCCUCUCUCUCUCCUUCCCCAUAAUUCUUAUUCUCGAGGCUUUCGGGGAAUUUUCUGUUUCUGGUACUUUGAAAGUAUGAUAGGUAAUAGUGUUUGGAUGAUCUUAGUGUCUAUGCGGAGUAUCGUCUUCGGUUCUUUUUUGUUUUUGUUUUUUCCCAAUGACUCUUUAAUACAUACAUAGGUACAUAUGAUCCAAACUCCAAAAUUAAUUUUCUUUCAAUGCAUGGCACAUCACAUAGCACAUCACAUCAUAUGUACAAGAAAGUGAUCAUCAUGGUCUUGUCGAUUAUCAUUCUUAUUGUCCUAGAUGAAUUGGAGGUCCAUGAUUUCUAUAGGUGGAUGUUCAUCCCGCAAUAAGGCACCAAAACGCUACUUAUGCUAGGUUUCUAUACUCUGUGCUUGUUUGGUUCUGCUUAAUUGACUAAAUGUACAUACUAUGUAAGGUCAUGUUUGCUCUUUAUAAUGACAAAUAGAUCUGGGGCUUACUCUGUUAGUGCUUUAUAUUUUACUUGGAUCGAUGGAUUUUGAUCUUUGUUCUU